UCCUUGCACUCGGUCAUCCCUCUCCCUCCCUCCCUCCCAUGGCGGAGCAGGAGCCGCCCCAGCACUGCAAUCCUGCACCUCUGCCCCUUCCUCCGCCCUUCGAAACCUACAUCGUCCAAGUCCCAAAGGACCAAAUCUACCGAAUCCCCCCUCCAGAGAAUGCUUCCUUGGUCGAACACUACCGCAGCCAGGUCAGGCAACACCGCCAGAACCGCUGCCCCUGCUUCCGUUACCUCAAGCGCCUCGCCCUCCCUGUCUUCCUCCCGCUCAUCCUCCUCACGGCCGCUAUCAUCAUCUUCUUCGCCAUCGCCAACCCCACCACUCCCACCUUCUCCGUCAAGGACGUCUCAAAAUCAAAAACAGAGUAUGACUUCUCGGUGAGAAUCAUCAAUCCAAGCAACAGAGUAAGCUUGUCGUACGCCGGCGGUGGGCUCGCAGUCGCCUCCCAUGCCGGCAAAGAGUUCGCCACCGGGUCGACGCCAAGGUUCUUCCAACCGCACGGGAAUAUGACCGACCUCAAAUUGCUUCUCCGCUCGACCAAAAGCCCAGCGAAGGGGUCGAAUAAACCUCUUUGGAUCAAGUUAAGGAUUGAAUUUACAGUGGGCACCAAGAUCGGCCAGUUGGAGUUGCGGCGCAUGAGGUUGGACGUGAAAUGCGAUGUCAAAGUCUCUGGGUUGGAUAAGAAGGUGCGCAUCUCCUCACAGGACUGCAACAGCAAUCUCUCGUGAAAAUGGCAGAUUAAUUAAUUAAACGGGAAGAAGAAUUCCUCUGUUUUCCCUCUGUUUUUUUCUUUAUUUCUUCCUGUUUCAGUGAGGGUGCAAUUUGAAUCAGAUACGUGCAUAUGGUUUAAGGAUCUGUCGUGAUUAUAUUAUGAUAACUCAAAAUUUUCCUAAUUAACUAAUUUCUACUGUUUUCGCCACAAUGUCUGUGAUCGAGCGCAUGAUCUGAUUCCAUCUCAUCAAUAUUUUGUUGCUCUUUCUCAUCCAACUUGUGGUUAGGGGACUG